CAUUCAUUGUACCUCUCAUGGCUCAGAAGAUUUUAGCUGUAAUAUUGCUCUCAUUUCACUACAGAACAGCUUGUGAUUCUAAGAAAGAGGAGGAGGACCACUAAAACAUAGAGAUGUCCUCUAUGUAGAAAUUCCAGAUUUGACUCAUGAGAUUUAUUUUUGAAAUAUCUCAGACAAAAGUCUUUGAGCUAGAAGUUUUGAAAGCUACCCUGCUAAAGAACAUUAACUAGUUGAACUCCUGAUGACUAAAAUUCUUAAGAAUUGUCUUUGUAAUUUCAUUUUGUCUUUUCAGAGAUGGAAACAUGUAUCAGUUGCCCAGCAAAUAAGUAUCCAAACCAAGACCAGGAUAAUUGCAUUCCUAAAAUACCAAACUUUCUGGGCUUUGAUGAAACUUUAGCCAUCAUUUCAACUUCCUCAGCACUACUGUUCUCUCUCAUCACAGCUCAAGUGCUGGGCAUCUUCAUUAAACACCGGGACACUGCCAUCGUCAAAGCCAACAACAGAAGCCUCACUUACAUUCUCCUUGUGUCCCUUCUCUUGUGUUUCCUCUGCUCCUUGAUGUUCAUUGGAACACCUAAGCAGGCAACCUGCCUUCUCCGACAAACAAGUUUUGGCAUCGUCUUCUCUGUGGCCCUCUCCAGCAUCUUGGCCAAAACUAUAUCAGUCGUUUUGGCAUUCAUGGCUACCAAGCCAGGAUCCACAAUCAGGAAGUGGGUAGGCAAAAAACUGGCUUAUUCCAUCAUCCUCUCAGGCUCCAUCGUUCAAGUAGGGCUUUGUAGUCUUUGGCUGGCAACUUUCCCCCCUUUUCCAGAUUUGGACAUGCAGUCAAUGAGUGAAGAAAUUAUAUUCUUAUGUAAUGAAGGGUCAGCCUUCAUGUUCUUCUGUGUUUUGGGCUACAUGGGCUUCCUGGCCACUGUCAGCUUCACUGUGGCUUUCCUAGCUAGGAAGUUGCCAGACAGUUUCAACGAAGCCAAGUUCAUCACCUUCAGCAUGCUGGUCUUUUGCAGUGUUUGGCUCUCCUUCAUUCCAACCUACCUGAGCACCAGAGGAAAAUACAUGGUGGCUGUGGAGAUCUUCUCUAUCUUGGCUUCUAGUGCUGGAUUACUGGCUUGCAUCUUUUUCCCGAAAUGCUACAUUAUUGUAGUGAGGCCUGAGUUGAACACCAGAGAGCAUUUAAUACAAAAAAGAUAUAAAUAAUAUAA